AUGCGGCGCACAUCCCGAUUGAUUCCGUUCGGUUUCGUCAUCCUGAUGCUGCUGCCAUCGACAUUCGGCCACACAAUGGGGCCCAGCUGCCAGACGCCGGAGAAGACCGACGGCCUAUGCGUGCACUUCAGCGCCUGCCGGCUCGUCCUGCGGCACUACGCGAUGUACAAGGAGCACAUGCCGCCGUCGAUAAUGCGAUUCCUGCAGAGGGCCCGUUGCAGGCCCAAGACCGAGGGCUAUUAUUUGUGCUGCGAACUCAAAGAUGUGAUUCCCGCGAACGCCAACUCAAAGUUGAAGUAAAUCAACUUCAAAGUACGUCAUGUGCUGCGUGUGGGCUUUGAUCUGUGGAAUCAGUUGGUAGCUUUGUUUGGGCCAUAACCGAAAUGUUAUGGCCGGGCCACAUCGCAUCGCCUGUAAUUAUAAUGUGUACACGAAUU